GUCUCUCGACAUCAUCAAUCAAUGGAGGAAGAAGUAGGGAGAGAAGAAGUAGAGAUCGAUAAGGAUCUGCAGAGGAAAAUAGAGAAGACGGUGAAGAAAAUCUUGAAAAAGUCGAACUUGUACAAGAUGACAGAGAUCAAGGCACGAGAUGAAGCUUCAGUUGAAUUGGAUCUUGAUCUCUCCCAAGAUCCUUACAAGGUCAUCGUGAAAGAAGUUGUUGAAAGUUUCCUCGAAGAAACAAUAAAGGUGGUCGGCAAGAAGAUUGCGAUGCUUCCCGAGAAGAUAGAGUCGAGUAUUUAGAUAUUUUCAAAGAGGCUUAUCUUUUUUUGUUUUUGUCAAUCCGAAAUUGGAUACAGUUUAACUAUAUGAUGAUUUCAAUGAUUAAUGCCACAAACUUUUCUAAGUUAAAACUAAACU